AUGUGGGAAGAGAAGCAGGUGCAGGUGGUGAAGUGUGGGGUGGAGCAGGGGACGUGGGGUGGGACAAGUGGCGUGGGAUGGGGCAAGUGGCGUGGGGCGGGGCAAGUGGCGUGGGGCGGGGCAAGGGGCGUGGGGCAGGGCAAGGGGCGUGGGGCGGGGCAAGUGGCGUGGGGUGGGGCAAGUAGUGUGGGGUGGAGCAAAUGUGGAGGGAUGGAUGGGAGAGGUGGAGGUGGAGAGGGUGAAGGUGAGGGUGGAGUUGGAGCAGGUGGGGAGGGAAUGGAGAAGGGUGGAACAGUAAGUGGGUGCAGGUCAGAGGUGAGGAGGAGGAUGUGA